UUUUGCUCUUUGGUCAUUUGUCUUUGUCAAAAAUACAAAAUGAACAGCUGUCCCUAAAUUACUUAUAAAAUCUAUAAUGAGACGUAAAUUAAGCAAAAACUGUAAUUAAUAUAUGUUGUGUAAAAAAAAUUACAUUGUUUUCGUGCGUCAAGUUAAUAUAUUUAGUUAGUCGUUGAUUGCAUAAAGAGAAUGUCGAUUCCUCCACUAGUUUGCAGCACUCCUCCACCACCCGAGCAGUGCGAUGACGACAAAGACCACGAAGAUUUUGAUAUAACAUACAAUUUAUCACAAGAAGAUGAUGAGGAUAGCAAUGAGUAUAAUUAUGGAAACUAUUCUUCUUACAAUAUAUAUCAAGCAUCAGAAAAUGUAGAAAAAGAAAAAUGGAAUGCAAAUCUAACCAAUGUAUCUGAAAGUAAAGGUGAACAAACAAAGGACUCUGAAGAAAUAUUAAAUGGAGUUCAUUGUGAUACCACUGAUGAAUUAGUUAAGGAAAGAAUACCAAAAUUUGAAGAGAGUGUUGUUGAAGAUUUAAAUUUGAUAGUUAACAAGGAUUUAGUACAUUCCAAUGACAUUGCGUCUAAAGAAUUUGAGACUGAAGCUGGUGUUGAGAUUGAAUGUACAGACAAACAGACAAGAAUACAAGAUGAAGGUGGUACAAAUAUUCCCAUUAAAGAUGAAAGUACAGACAUUAGUGUUUCUACUCUAAUAAAUAAAUUAAGCAUUCCUGGUGAAAAUGAGAUUUUAGAUGAUAAAAAUGAAGAAAUUCAAGUGAAUAAUGAAGAAAGUGCUACAAAUGAUGUACAUGAUAUUUCCUUAGUAGCUGUUUUAACUGAACCUGUGACCAUUGAAACUGAAGAAAUCACUUUUACAAAUGAAACAGAAAUUACUGUUGAUCAAAAUGCUGUGAUACAAGUUAAAGAUAAACCUCCAGUUGAUGAUGACUUUGGAGAUUUUGAAGACUUUCAAUUUACAUCAACUUCUGAAAACUGUCAAGUUCUAUCUGUUAAUAAUGAGAAUCCAUGGGAUAAUCCGACAGAGAAUGAAGGUCCAGAGUUUGGUGAUUUUACUGCUAAUUUUGAUUUUAAAGAAACAAAGCAAGUUGAAAGCAUAGCAGAUGACAUAUCAUGUAAAGAAUUUAAAACAAGCACAUCUAUGGAGGAUGAUAAUGAAGAUUUUGGCGACUUUGAUGAUUUCAGAUCUUCUGAUAAUACAGAAACUGUUGCAGAUGUUAGUGAAUCAAUGUCUACACCUGAUGUUACUCUAUGGAAUGUUAAUUCAUCUGCUAGUGACCUCCAAAUUGUUGAUAGUAUAAACACUGUAUUGACUUCAAUAUUUGCCAAUGAAAUACCUGAACUAGAAAAUGAAUUGUUAGGAAAAUUAGAGUCAUGUUUGAGUGUAACAUGGGGUCACCUCAUUGAUAUUGAAGUUAGACAACCAUAUAUGGUCAACUGGAAUAACUCAUUGGGACAGAAAACUCUUCUUAAAGCUCUGUGCAUUGAUUCUAGAAAUAUCUUGUUUGGACCAAAAUGGAAUUACAACACGCCGAAAUAUGCCGUCAACCUCACCGUGGCGCCCUUACAGCCGCAGAAACAAUUCACCCCCUCUGGCAGUUCUAGUAAUGAAUCUGCUGAAAAGGUUCCUUACAAGGAGGCAGGUGCAUGGGUGGAUCCUUUUACACCUGAUGGACAAGAAUCUUGCAAUACAGAAAAUAAAAAUGUGCCCACCGAGACAGCCAUUAGACCAACAGACUUAGAUGUGUUUGAAAGUGACACAACUACGAAAUUAAACAAAAUUUAUUCAAGUACAAUAAAUGUGCAGCCAGUACGACAUAUUAAUCUACCCGACACGCACAUAUUUACGCCUACCGAUUCAGAAACUCCAAGAUCCAAAACAAUUCACUAUGACAGUGGUCCGUCUGGUCUCAUUCCUCAACCAGUUCAAGAAAGUAAGAAAAGCCAACUAGAAAAUUCAUCGUCUCAAUUAAACGAGACUGUCGAUAAAGAGUAUUGGGAUUUUCAAGUCUUCAAAGGAUCCAACACAAUCAGUCCACCAACAAACGCAAUUACUCAAACAAGUGAGGAAACUGCCGUCAAUUCCAUCUCUGACAGUGUUAUAGCAAAAGCUAGUAUGACAUAUCAAACACAGAUCUUGCAGCCUAUAAAAAUUGACCCUAUUAUGCCUACACUGAAUUGGCCAGAUCCAGGAGAGGUUAAGGAAACAUUUGAUGACUUUUCCGAUUUCAUAUCGAGCACUUCAUGGAAUAUUGAAAAAGAUAAUCAUGCACCCACUACCUUAGAUACACAUAAAGAUAUACAGAAUGUUAAAUGUCCUAAAGAAGAAGUAUUCGCAACUGACAAUGUGGAUGAUGAAUUUGAAACGUUUCAAUCUGCACCAGCUUCUUCCUCAGCCGUGGACUUCAGUUUUGGAACAACUGUCGGGUCUCAAAUCUCACCAUCAGAAAAUCUCACAAUGAAAAGUGUUGCAAACUGUGAUAAUCCACCAGUGAAAGUGGGAAAUAAGAAUACUAAAAAAUCUAAUAGUGUAAUUUUAAAUAAUCAAAGUUCCUCUACGUCAAUUAUUAGUUCUGAUGUACAAGAAUUUAAUUUUCCACAAUCAACAAUUCAAAACUUUAGCGCUGAUAUAUUGCAGCCGACAAGCGCCAGUAGUAGUGGAUUGAAUCGUCACCAGCAUAAAUCAGACCAAAUCUUGCAACCCUUGUCAUUAGAAAGUUACUCACAAAUCAAUUGGCCAAAUCCUGGAAUUGAUUUGCAAGAUUUGUCGCGAUUUAAUCCAAUCAAUAGUCUCCAUUCAUUGAAAAGCGACUCGAGCACGAGUGGCAAUAGUAAAAAUGCAUCGCCUGCACAUAACUCGGCCAAUGCGGUGCCUAACCCGACGUCAGAUGAUGAUAUUUGGGGGGACUUCGUGUCGAGCGCGCCGAAGCAACAUCCUACUCCUAAAAAAACUACAUUCGCGGAUGACGAUGAGUGGACUGAUUUCGUAUCGAGUCCCAGUAUGAAACCCCAAAACGGCCUGAAUACUAUUAGCUUUAAUGUUCAUACAAAUUUAAGUAUGCAAAAAUCGGGCCAAAAUAACUUCGGACCUAGAAACAAUCAAAUCCCUCUCGAUAUCCCAACUUUAAAUUAUAUCACGCCAAAAUCUAGUAGUCGUGAAAUAUAUUCCGAAAAGCAUUUCCAAAAUUUAUAACAGUACUGUAAUUAUUUUCUAUAAUAUACAUAUUAUUAUUAUGUACUUAAGUUAGAUAUAUAAGCUAUAUGUAAAUAGUGUGGUGGUGGGAUAAUGUCAAUAUUGUUAGCAAGUGAUAUCCUAGUUAAAUUAUUUUCGAGUAUAGUUAACAGUUUUACCUUAGCACUUUUCACCUUGAAUUUCUCGAGCACAGUAUUCAGCACGGAAAACUUAAUGAUAUGGAAUAAAAUAUUAUGUUUUUACUUUUUAUUAAAAGACGAACCCGUCCUAUUUAUUUGUAUUAAUUAUACAUUUUUCUUGCGAUUUAUUUUAAAAUGUAUGACUAUGAUGUAAUUUAUUUUAGAAAAAGCAAUAUUUAUAAAUACCAAGUAUUACGAUUGUCUGUAUAUAAUGUUAAAAAUGUAUAAAAUGUAAAAAUAGAUAAUUUUAUCAUCACAAUAAAAGAUUGUAUUAUUUA